AUGAUAGGUAAAACUAUUUGCAGUUUAGUGCCCAUUUUACUGAUUGCUCAUGUAAUUCAUUUUGUUGGAAUAUUCUCAACAUCUGCUGAGUAUUAAGAAAAGUAUUCUGAUUGUGAAUACAUUCAAACUUAAGGAUUUGAUUCUAUUGGACCUGAAGAUUCUGUUUUUUAUAACAAGGACAUCCUUAUUACUAUGCAUGUUAAUUUGCAUAAAAUCUUUUAAGGUUUAGAUAGCAUUGAAAUUGCUUAGAAAGGAGGAUUUUAUGCAGUCUAUGGUAUAUCUACAGGCAAAUUAGAAGCAAAGAAAGUACAAGUAAAGAAUUACCCAGAUAAUGUCUUCCUGAUUCCUCAUGGAAUUUAUCUUCGUGAUUCUAACUAUCUCCAUGUUAUUAAUCAUUCUUUCUACACUGGCGGAGAAAGAGUAGAUACUUUCAAGAUCUUGCUUGACGAAUAGGGAUAAAUAGUAUUAGAAUAUCUUCAUUUUACUUAAAUGGCUGAAAAAUUCAAUGGAAUUACUAAUGAUCUUGUCUUUUUAACUCCCGAAAGAUUUUUAAUCAGCGACUGGAUGGUCUUUUCAGCUCCAUUAUCAGGACCAAAAGAUUAACCAAUAUGGUAAAAGGUUCUCACUUUAGUCAUUUAAAUUUUUAAAAUUAAAACAACUAAUGUUUGGGAUUGUAAGUAUGUUUAAGGAGGACUUGCUACUUGCAGUAAAUUGCGUAAUUCUGCAGGAGUUAUGAUAAACGGUAUUGCUUUUGAUGGAAAAGAUACAAUUGCAGCUACAGAUACAGCUGAUAGGUAAAUAAAAAUUUUCAGAUUAAACAAUUCUAAUCAAGAAAUAGAGUUAAUAUAGAAUCUCAAUGUCGAUUAAUUACCUGAUAAUAUUACUUAUGACCCAGUCAAUAAGUAAUUUAUUUCAGCCGGGUUAAAUAGUGUCUAUUAAUAUUUAACUUUAAGCCCUAAGAUUGAAAAGAUUUAAUAAAAUCCUACAAAAAAAUCAAUAGUUGAUUUAUAAGCUAAAGUUCACACAAUAAAGCUAAAUCCUACCACUAAAUAGUUUGAGAGCUAAUUAUUGUUUUCUUCCUCUAAAGCUGUAGCUGGCAUAUCAGGAGCUCUAAUAGAUGAAUCUUAAAAAUACUUAUUCUUAACAAGUUUCCCUGAUAAGUCUUUGGUUGUUUGUACUAGACGUAGUUGA